AUGCAGCCUGGAUCAACGUCGACGGCCGACGACGUCGACACGCUGCAGGACGAUGCGCCUGGCCACGCGCGCCAGUGGUGGGGCGAGCGGGAGCUGGCAGUCGAGCGGGAGCUGGCGGCAGGCAUGCAGCGGCGGAUGGAGACGCAGCGGGCGCAGCUGUACGCGUUCAAGACGGAGCAGAGCAAGUGGGAGCACGAGCUGCAGCUGCGGAUCUCCAAGUACACGCACGACCGGAAGCUCUUGAGUGAGCACAACGUGGAGCUGCAGGGAGAACUGGCGGCCGUGGAAGAGAAGCUGGGGCAGUACGAGCGGGAGAUGGACCUGCAGGUGCAGUACGCGAUUGAGCUGGAAGGCAUGUUGCAGGAGAAGCAGAUGGACGCGCAGCAGCUGUGGACGUUGCGGCAAGAGAACAAGGAGCUGCAGCAGAGACUGCGACAGUGGGAGAGGUUUUAUCGCGACGAAAAGAUCGGGGCAGCUAGGGAGCAGCAAGCGCAGCAGGAAGAGCUGCUGACAGAGCUCGAGCGGCUUUUGGUGCUGCCUCCAGACAAGUCGGGACGUCGAGAACAUGCAGGUGGUCGUGGUGAGAUAAAGGAAGGUGCGACGAGUCACGACGAGCAAGUUCAGCACGAUACGGAUGGAAGACAGCGGAAAACGGAUGCAGAAGAUGAGUCGCUCGUGACGAGAGUGAAGGAACUCGAAGCGUUGUGUGAGCAAAAGGACCAAUCCGUGUUCUCGCUCAAGUCGAUCGUGGAGCAGCAAGAAGUCGCGUUUGACGAGAAGUUGAAGAUCGUGACAGCCAAGUACGACCAGAUCAAGGCGAUCAACAUGGCCUUGCAGAAACGACUCAUGCAGACACUCACCGAAGCAAGUGGCAAGUCCUAG